AUGGAACAUAAUCAGAAUCAGAAGAAGAGAACUCAUAGUGUCCUCGAAUCUCCACAGAAAUACGCUGCGCCUGCACUUCGAGAACCAAACUCGCAACCAUUCCUCUUCUCGCAGAUCCCUCCACUGUCAAAGCCUCCUGCCUCACCCUAUCGCGCUCCAUCCUUUACCACCCCUCGAAAACCACUCGAGGUCGACUUCUCGUCGGGCCCUGAGAAUGUCUCAUCCCCUGACCAAGCCGACAACGAAGACACGCCCGAAGCGCCAAAGGCAGCACCCAUCACAUUUACUGCAAACGAAGGCAAGCCGAAAGAGAAGCGCAACUCUCUGUUUGGCCUUUACGGUAGAUUCGCACCGAGCUCCGGGCGUGGCGAUAUGGGAAAGUCUAGUCACAGCAAUGUCCUCAUACGGCGCGUGCAGAAACGACGGAGGCGAGAGCAGAAUCUAGGGCGUCAACUGGUGCGUGCUCAAAGGCCAAGCGAAGACACAAGCGAGGACGAAUCCCCCGUCAAGGAGAGGAGGAACCCAAUACCACCCGUUCAUGAGGUGGGCUAUAUGGCAGGCCUUUUCACAUUCAUCGAAAGCUUUCCAAAUGCACCCUCGCUGCUGGCCAAGUACCUACAAUUAUUCUUCAACUCCGCAAUCAUACUUGGCUGCCUCUAUGCCAUCUACUCCUUCUGGACGACCAUACAGGCAGAUGUCAAUCGUGCGAGUGAGGAUGCAGCAGCAGAGACUUUGGCCGAAAUGGCUGCAUGCGCUAAGAGCUACGUUGACAACCGUUGCGCUGGCGAUAGCCGACUACCAGCACUUGAGACUGUCUGUAGCAACUGGGAAUUGUGCAUGAAUCGAGAUCCGAACAGUGUCAAGAGAGCAAAACUGAGUGCUCACACUUUUGCCGAGAUCUUGAAUAGCUUUGUGGAGCCGAUAAGUCUGAAAACAAUGCUUUUCGGAAUCCUGAUCGUCGUUCUCAGCCUGGGCAUCUCGAACGCAACCUUCAGCUUCCUCCGAAAAUCGCACGAUUUCAAUUCUCACGCACCGGAGAUGCCUCGGCACCCCUCGGCACAGUACCCGCCUCCACAGUCUCACAGCAUGAGCCAGUAUGGUGGAACGCCUGGAACUGGGUAUGCGGGCCAGCAAUUGGGCUGGCAGGAUGAUCCAUGGGGUGGAGGUGAGUCCAGACAAGAUAUGAAGCGCUUGGAGUACUCGAGAAGUCCUAGUAAGGGGGGUCGGGGGUCACGGUAG